GUGAUUUGUCGUUGGGCCAUCAUACCAGUUAUUCUAGAAAGACGCUGCUACCCAAUCUGCUGUGAAAAGCUAAGAUGUUUCUUACCGUGUACCUCAGCAACAACGAGCAGCACUUUACCGAAGUCCCCGUGACCCCAGAAACAAUAUGCCGGGAUGUGGUGGACCUGUGCAAGGAGCCCGGCGAGAGCGACUGCCACUUGGCCGAAGUGUGGUGCGGCUCAGAACGCCCCGUCGCAGAUAACGAGCGGAUGUUCGACGUCCUGCAGAGGUUUGGGAGUCAGAGGAGCGACGUGCGUUUCUUCCUGAGGCACGAGCGCCCCCCUGGCAGGGACUUCGUGAGUGGACCACGGCCUCAGGACCCAACUUUGAAGAGAAAUGGUGUGAAAGUUCCUGGUGACCAUCGGAGGAAGGAAAACGGGGUUAAUAGUCCUCGGAUGGAUCUGACCCUCGCUGAGCUCCAGGAAAUGGCAUCUCGCCAGCAGCAGCAGAUAGAGGCCCAGCAGCAGAUGCUGGCGACGAAGGAACAGCGCUUGAAGUUUCUGAAGCAGCAGGAUCAGCGGCAGCAGCAGCAGGCUGCGGAGCAGGAGAAGCUCCGGAGGCUGAAAGAAAUCGCCGAGAACCAGGAAGCGAAGCUGAAGAAAGUGAGAGCGCUCAAAGGCCACGUGGAGCAGAAGAGGCUGAGCAACGGGAGGCUCGUGGAGGAAAUUGAGCAGAUGAACAGUCUGUUCCAGCAGAAGCAGAGGGAGCUCGUCCUGGCCAUGUCCAAAGUCGAGGAGCUGACGAGGCAGCUUGAGAUGCUCAAGAACGGCAGGAUCGACGGCCACCAUGACAACCAGUCCGCCGUGGCCGAGCUCGACCGGCUGUACAAGGAGCUGCAGUUAAGAAACAAACUGAAUCAGGAGCAGAAUGCCAAGCUGCAACAACAGAGGGAGUGUUUGAAUAAGCGCAAUUCAGAGGUGGCGGUGAUGGACAAGCGUGUGAAUGAGCUGCGGGACCGGCUGUGGAAGAAGAAGGCGGCGCUGCAGCAGAAGGAGAACCUCCCUGUUUCACCUGAUGGGAACCUGCCUCCGCCAGGCGUGUCAGCGCCGAGUCGCGUGGCUGCCGUCGGUCCCUACAUCCAGUCGUCCACCAUGCCCCGGAUGCCCUCCCGGCCGGAACUGCUGGUGAAGCCGGCGCUGCCCGAUGGACCCUUGGCCAUGCAGCCUGCGGAGGGGCCCAUGAAAGUCCACACCCUGCCCAACAUGCGAUCUGGGGCCGCCGCGCAGACUAAAGGCUCUAAAGUCCAUUUGCUCGGCCCCGACUGGAGUCCCCACGCAGACCUCUUCCCCAGCCAGGCCUCUGCCUCUGCCCCGAAAGGCGCCGGGAGUGCGCCCGACCCAGCUGAUGAUGGAGAGGUUCCGCCGAGGGAGAAGGAGAAGAAAGUGCGUCCCUUCUCGAUGUUUGACACGGUCGACCAGGCGGCUGCGCCCCCUGCCUUUGGGUCCCUGAGGAAGAACCAGAGCAGCGAGGACAUCCUGCGGGACGCGCAGGCUGCAAAUAAAAAUGGGAAAGUACCACCUCCUGUUCCAUCAAAACCCAAACAGAUCAACUUGCCUUAUUUUGGACAAACCAGUGCGUCCCCGUCAGACAUGAAGCCCGACGGGAACCCUCCGCAGUUGUCUGCAUCCGUGGCGUCCGUGGGAAAUAAGCCCAAGCCCGCGGGGCAGCCGCAGAGGGGCCUAGCUGAGGACACAGGGCUCAGUGGGGACGCGGGACAGAUGCCUGCGCUGACGUUAAUUGGAGCUUUUUUCCUUUUGCAAUUAGUCUAUGGCAAGCCUGUGAUCGCUGCCCAGAACCCACAGCCCCUGGACAGCAUGUACUCCGGGAACCAGGGCAAACCCGGCGGCCCCGAGUCCGACAUGGAGCCGGCCUCCUCCGUUCCGGAGAGCCACGAGAACGAGAGGAUUCCUCGGCCCCUCAGCCCCACCAAGUUACUGCCUUUCCUGUCACACCCCUACCGAAACCAGAGCGACGUUGACCUUGAAGCUCUGCGCAAGAAGCUGUCCAACGCCCCCCGGCCCCUGAAGAAGCGCAGCUCCAUCACAGAGCCAGAGGGUCCCAACGGGCCGAACAUUCAGAAGCUCCUGUACCAGCGGACCACCAUCGCUGCCAUGGAGACCAUCUCGGUGCCCUCCUACCCGGCCACGGCGAGCGCAGUGACUGCCGGCCCCGAGAGCCCCGUGGAAAUCCAGAACCCGUACGCACACGCGGAGCCGGAGAAGGAGGUGGCCUCUCUGGCCCCUGAGCCCGUGUCCCCAGAGGCGGCCGCCCACACCAGCACAGCGAGCAGUGACGUGCCAGCUCCUCCCCUGGGCCUGGAUUAUGUGUCCGAAGGCACCCCAGACACCAGCCCGAGUUUCCAGAAUAACGUGGAAGAACCGAAUCCAGAGGCUCCCCACCUGCUGGAGGUGUACCUGGAGGAGUAUCCCCCCUACCCUCCGCCACCGUACCCCUCAGGGGAGCCAGAGGGGCUGGGGGAAGACUCCGGGAGCCUGCGUCCGCCUGAGAUCACCGGGCAGGUGUCGCUGCCUCCGGGCAAAAGGACCAACUUACGUAAGACUGGUUCCGAGCGAAUUGCCCACGGAAUGAGGGUGAAGUUCAACCCCCUGGCUUUGCUUCUAGAUUCAUCUCUGGAGGGAGAAUUUGACCUUGUACAGAGGAUUAUCUAUGAGGUGGAGGACCCGAGCCUGCCCAACGACGAGGGCAUCACGGCGCUCCACAACGCCGUGUGCGCCGGCCACACGGAGAUUGUCAAGUUCCUGGUGCAGUUUGGUGUGAACGUAAAUGCUGCUGACAGCGACGGGUGGACCCCCCUGCAUUGCGCUGCUUCCUGCAACAACGUCCAGGUGUGUAAGUUUCUGGUGGAGUCGGGGGCCGCCGUGUUUGCCAUGACCUACAGCGACAUGCAGACGGCCGCGGACAAGUGCGAGGAGAUGGAGGAGGGCUACACGCAGUGCUCCCAGUUUCUGUACGGCGUCCAGGAGAAGAUGGGCAUCAUGAACAAAGGCGUCAUCUACGCGCUCUGGGAUUACGAGCCUCAGAACGAGGACGAGCUGCCCAUGAAGGAGGGAGACUGCAUGACCGUCCUCCGGCGGGAGGACGAGGACGAGGUGGAGUGGUGGUGGGCGCGCCUGAGCGACAAGGAGGGCUACGUCCCGCGCAACCUGCUGGGGCUGUACCCAAGAAUUAAACCAAGACAGAGGAGCUUGGCCUGAAACCUGAUUGAAGGUAGUUAAUGAAGAAUUAAUCUGUUACCACUAAGAAGUCAUAGGAUUGUUUUGGGCACAAUCUCACAAGACUUAUUUCAAUGACGCCGUAACGUGAGAGCCGUGAGAAUGCUCUGGAAGAAAUGAAGGAUGGAAGAACUCCCUGUUGGUGCAGGACGGCGGCACCAGGAAGUGGAGCUUAGGCGGAAGUGGCCUCACUGCGCGGGGACAGGCGUGCCAGGGAGCACUCAGACACAGCGACAGCCUCUUUCCGCAAGAAGCAGGGCCCCUUGUCGGGCUCCUGGGAGACCCUUGGAGUUUGCCAGCACCUGCCCCUGUGCCUGUCCCCCCACGGGAAGGACCAGUGCCAUCACGGGCCACCCUGGGCCACCUCUGAUGGCCCCAGCACCAGCUGCCCUCGGGGGCCCCAUGAAGGCUCGAAGGUGCGCACGCCCGUGCACUGUCAGUGAAGAGCGAUUGGUAGCCAGUGAGCAGUGACUUUGUUACACGUGCUUGUAGCAUUUUAAGAAUUAUGCAUAUAUUUGAAAUACUGAAACCAAGCUACACUACAGAUAAUUAGGUUUGGAAUCUUGUUUUUAGGCCACAUUUGAAUCUAUAUUUAUUGCCUUUUGUAUCUUGGAAGUGACUUGUUACAGACUUACCCAUAAUACUUGGCAAGAUCUUAGCUGACUUUGAAAACAGUUGUAAUAAAAGUAAAUGUGGGACUUUG